UUGAACAAAUGCAAUUCUGUAUUUAUGCCAACGUCUUCUCAAUCUGCCCGCGAGCUCCACCAGAGAUGCAUUACCAGUCGUGUAUCGGUUACCCCCUUCUAUGUGCUGGAGACCUGCCUCUAUAUACAAGUAACAGUACUGCGCUGCAAGAAUGCUGUCCGCGCCAAACGCCCGCCCAUGUGAUAUCGUGAACCCAUCUAUACCUCAACUUCACCUCUCUCGUAAGCUCCUUUUUCUUCACAUCUUCCUUCUAAUCUACCUUCUUGAGCUGACGAUAUAUCUUCUUAUGUUGUUCCAGAAAUAGGAAAGUGAGUACAGUAUGCGGUCCGACGCGAAUAAAACUUGGUACCCAGCCCUUGAACAUCCAGCGGAACCCCUCU